AUUACUAAUUAUUGAAGUCAGCUGUCAGAUACCGUUAUUUAUUUAGAGGUUAUAAAAUUGUUUGAUAGAUAUAUCUAUUAGAUACCAAAAUUUGCUGUACAAUACAAUAAAAAAUAUUAUGUUUCUAUAAAAGAUAGAUCGUAAUAAAUAAAUUCCAAAAUGCCGGGACCUGAUUUAUUAUCCAGUCAAGGCCUACGUUUAGAUGGAAGAAGGCCUAACGAGCUGCGGAGAAUAAGAUGCAAACUUGGUGUUUUUACCCAGCCUGACGGGAGUGCGUAUUUGGAACAAGGGAAUACAAAAGUCCUAGCAGCUGUUUACGGCCCCCAUCAGGCAUCAAAAUCCAAGAGCUCUACUGAAGGAGUAGUUGUUAAUUGUCAAUAUAGUAUGGCGACAUUCUCCACUGGUGAAAGAAAGAAUCGUCCUCGCGGUGACCGCAAGUCACAAGAAAUGUCGCUGCACUUGAGACAAGCGCUGACAGCAGCCAUUAAGACUGAAUUAUAUCCACGCUCCCAGAUUGACAUUUAUGUAGAAGUUUUACAGGCGGACGGCGGGCCGUACAGCGCCAGCGUGAACGCGGCCACGCUGGCGCUGGUGGACGCGGGCGUGCCGCUGCGCGCGCUGGCGUGCGCGUGCUCGGCGUCGUGCGCGCGCGGCCGCGCGCCGCUGCUGGACGCGGCGCACGCGGAGGAGGCGGCGGGCGGCGUCGUGCUCGCCGUGGCCAGCCUGCCCAGCGCCGGUAGCAUAGCUCUAUUGGAACUGUCUCACAGACUACACAGCGAUUACUUCGAAGCUGUUUUAAGUCAAGCAAUGCAAGGGUGCAGAGAUAUAGAGGUAAUAUUGGACAAGGCUAUAAAAGAACAUUUAGCAGAAGGGUGGACAAAACAAGACAUUGUAACAAUAUAAAAUAUACUAUUAUUUAUAUUUACAGUCUUUA